AAAUCGUGGAAAUUCCAAGAUCGAAAAGAUGAAGCUUGUAACCCAAUUCUUGUUUUGCUGUUUCUUCAUUGUUCUUGUUUUGCAUUCAUCCCGGCCUGUAACAUCUCAUGAAGUUGAUGAUGAACGAGAAUUUGACUACAGUGAGAAAAGUGGAAAGGGACCGUCUCGUUGGGGAGAGAUUCACCCUGAAUGGAGCUUGUGCAAAGAUGGAUCAAUGCAAUCUCCGAUUAAUUUGCUGAAUGAAAGGGUGGAAAUAGUUUCCCAUUUAGGGAGACUUAAUCGGAAUUACCGUCCAUCUAACGCCACUCUCAAAAAUCGAGGCCAUGACAUGAUGUUGGAAUGGGAAGGCGGCGCAGGAUAUAUUGAAAUAAAUGGUACUCAAUAUGAACUCGUGCAAAACCAUUGGCACUCACCCUCUGAACACACUAUCAAUGGCCGCAAGUUUGAUCUAGAGGUGCACAUGGUCCAUGAAAGUUCCGAUGGAAAGGUUGCUGUGGUUGGAAUUAUGUACACGAUUGGACGCCCUGAUUCUUUCUUGUCAUCGAUAAUGCAUCAGUUGUCAGCCGUUGCAGAUAACAAUGAAGAAGUGACAGCGAUGGGAAUCGUCGACCCAAGGAACAUAAAGAUAGGCAGCAGAAAGUAUUACAGAUAUAUUGGGUCCCUUACAACUCCCCCUUGUACUCAAAAUGUUGUAUGGACCAUCGUGAGAAAGGUGAGGACUGUUACACGAGAACAAGUUAGGUUGCUUCGCGUGGCCGUUCAUGAUGAGUCAGACACAAAUGCAAGACCACUACAACCAAUAAAUGGGCGCUCAGUGCAUCUAUAUAGACCGAGUGAAGUGGAAGAUUAAAUUCUCAUCAACCUAUGAAUAGGGCUGGGCAAGCGGGCCGGAUUUUUUUCCGGCCCGGUCCGGAACCCGGAUAACCGGGUUCCGGUUACGGGCACCGGUCCGGAAAACACCCGGUCCGGUACCCGGUUUUUAAAACCCGG